AGUUCAAAUCACCUCAUUUUGACGCUUGACCCAAAGCAGUGUAAGAAGAAUAGGAUAUGUAUUGCGCAGUCAAGACGGCUAAUGGAUAGGAUAGGUGAGAAAGAACAAGAAAAACGUGUAAAAGGGAAAGAUAAAGAAAUCAAAAUCCCAGGUGGGAAGCAGGGAGACUGAUUCCUAUGGGUUUGUGUUCAAAUCCAUGAAGAACAUUGAAUUGAACACUUCCACUGAAACUUCCACCUCUUUCCCACUACACCGUCUUUUUCUUCGCCAUAACCCCCUCACCUCACCUCAACUCACCUCAAUCCCUCCUUUAUAACCCACUUUCGGUUCCCCGAUCUUCCAAGCCCAAAAUGUUAAUCCAGCAUCUCUCUUCCCCCAUCCAUGUCCGCGAGGUCUGGGACUUCAAUCUCCACCACGAAUUCCGUCUCAUCAACCGCCUUGUUGAUCGCUACCCUUUCAUUUCCAUGGACACUGAGUUUCCCGGCGUCGUCGUCCGCCCUGCCUUCCACCCAUCUCGCCCCUCCGAUCAUUACCUUCUCCUCAAGUCCAACGUCGACGCUCUCAACCUAAUCCAAGUCGGUCUCACCCUCUCCGACGCCGACGGCAACCUUCCUACUCUCGGUACCGACAAGAGAUUCAUUUGGGAGUUCAAUUUCAGGGAUUUUGACGUUACCCGUGACCUCCACGCGCCUGAUUCCAUCGACCUCUUGAAACGCCAGGGCAUCGACUUCGAACGCAACAGAGCUCACGGGGUUGACUCGGCACGAUUCUCCGAGUUGCUAAUGUCAUCCGGUCUGCUCUGUAAUCCCUCUGUCAGUUGGGUCACCUUCCAUAGUGCCUAUGACUUCGGCUACUUGGUCAAGAUCCUCACUCGCCGGAAGCUUCCUAGCCGCCUCGACGAGUUCUUGAAGAUUCUCAAGGCUUUCUUUGGGAACAAGGUUUAUGAUGUCAAGCACAUGAUGCGGUUCUGUGAUAGCCUCUACGGCGGGUUGGAGCGUGUGGCUAAGACUCUAGCGGUGGACAGGGCGGUGGGAAAGUGCCACCAGGCUGGUUCUGAUAGCCUGCUAACAUGGCAUGCCUUUCAGAAAAUGAGGGAUGUGUACUUCGGAAAGGAUGGGCCGGAGAAGCACGCCGGCGUUUUGUACGGAUUAGAAGUAUAUUGAAACAAAAACAUAUAUAAAUAAGAAUUCAAUUCAUUAUUAUAUUACGAUUCUGUUCAAACUAA